AUGAGUCUCAGUCGCAGCAAGAGGAUCAGCUCAAGCGCCUCAGCGCGCCGCUCUGACGGCUUGGGCUCGCCGGCACCCGCUUUCGGCGGCGUACCGCUGUCCUCUCUUUCCGCACUGUCGGUCAACAAGAGCCUGCUGGCGCCGCUCAACCUGGAGAUCGACCCCAGUCUGUCCAUGAGUCGCGCUCACGAGAAAGAGCAGAUCAAGAGCCUCAACAACCGCUUCGCGUCCUUCAUUGACAAGGUUCGCUUCCUGGAGCAGCAGAACAAAAUGCUAGAGACCAAACUAGAGCUCCUCCAGGGCCAGGGCGUGGGCCGCUCCAAUGUGGAGCCCUUGUUUGAGGUCUACAUGGCGGGCCUGAGGCGCCAGAUGGACCUGGUCAACAACGACAAGAGCAAACUCGAUGGCGAGCUGAGGAACAUGCAAGGCCUGGUGGAGGACUACAAGCACAAAUACGAGGACGAGAUCAACAAGAGGAACAACCUGGAGAAUGACUUUGUCCUUCUCAAGAAGGACGUGGACUCGGCCUACAUGGUGAAGGCCGACUUGGAGGACAAGGUGGGGGCUCUGACCGAUGAGAUCAACUUCCUGCGCACCAUCUACGAGGAGGAGUUGCGUGAGCUGCAGGCCAGCAUCCGAGACACGUCGGUGGUGGUCCAGAUGGACAACAGCCGCAGCCUCAACAUGGAGCAGAUCGUAGCCGAGGUCAAAGCUCAGUACGAGGAGAUCGCCGCUCGCAGUCGCCGGGAAGCCGAGGCCUGGUACAAAAGCAAAUUUGACCAGAUGUCAGUGCAGGCCAGCCAGUUCGGAGACGAGCUCCGAGUGGUCAAGGGCGAAGUUGGUGAGGUCCAUCGUCUCAUCGCUCGCCUGCAGAGUGAGAUCGAGGCAGUCAAAGCGCAGCGUGGCAACUUGGAAAGCCAACUCGCUGAGUCGGAGGACCGCGGUGAGAUGGCGGUCAAGGAGGCCAAAGCUCGAACCCGCGACCUUGAAGACGCCCUUCAACGAGCCAAGCAGGACAUGGCUCGCCAACUCCGUGAGUACCAGGACCUCAUGAACCUCAAACUUGCUCUGGACAUCGAGAUCGCCACCUACAGGAAGCUCCUGGAAGGCGAGGAGGACCGAUUGGGCCAGCAGUCCAUCCUCAACAUACAGUCUGUCGCCAACUACAGCAGCCGAAGUUCUAACGGUCACUACGUCAGCCCCAUCAACAUUUCUUCACCUCCCAAGCUGCUCAUCAAGACCACCGAGACCAGAGACCACAGUAGAUACAGUACACACUAA